AUGCAUCUUGCCGGUUGGCCGAGAGGCACUGCCGAGAAGUUUCUACACCCAGCGCCUACUGUAAAAACAAUAACUUUGUAAGUCUCCUUGUGUCCGCCCUGUGUUAUUCCCCACCGUUUCUUUGUAAUGAAGACCAUUAUGUUCCACAAACGUCAUUAUUUCUACGCCACUUUCUUCCUUUCUGACUAGGCACUCGCGAGAGCAGCGAACACGUACCUCGAAAAGUCUUUUUUAUGUUCCCAUCCUCCAUGCGCCAUUCCGUAUAUCCUACAUCUAGAAAUGUAACCCCUAACUGUACCCUCCACAGCCGUCGCCUUAAGGCGAAUUUCCAGCCGUAGUUCCAUCCUGAACUAAUGGCUUUGAUAUGUCUAUAGAUCCCAUUCUGUAAAUCCCCGUCGUUGCUUAAAUCCUUUUGCAAGUGUCAAAAGUAUCCGUCGCCCUAAUGCGUCCUACCGCCAGUGGGAUCGACGCCUUCGAUGCGUUAAGGGAUGUUUCGUUCCGUAAGUCAUCGCAUCCCUAGUACCUUUCCAGCAGCCAUAAAAUACCUUUAACACUAAUCAUGUCAAACGGGUUCUAAUGUAGGCCUGACACUUCCGUUUUUAAUUGUUUGUCUUCUUAGACUUUCUGAAUUAAUGCCCAAGAUGCAAAUGUGUCGUACCAACAGUGCUAGUACUUAGCAUUUGCUGUCCUCGUCUUGCCGAUUGAAACCGACGCAUGUUUUUUUCAUGACUGGCUAACUUUAUUCUACUGAUUUUAGUUGACUCUUACGUUGUAGUCAUAUUUUCUGUUCUGUAUUGGUGUAUCUUUUCACUACCUCUCCCUACAUUUACGGACCGCUGCAUGUUUUUUUUACCAUUUGAGGCUGCGUAUACGUGCCAACUUGCCAGAAGAAGACCCUAAGAAUGCCUUUCUGACUACCAGCUUCAUACACGCCCUCCACUUUUCCGUCGAGGGCAAAUAUUCUCACCAUAGUUUGUCUCACGUUUCUAAUAUUUCCCCCAAGACGGUUUCAGGACCAUCUGUAAUCCGCCAUCUUGCUGUUAUGUCAGGCAACUGCUGCUUUCCAAAAAUAGACCACAACAGACUCGCCUUCCUCAGUAGUCUCUAAAUUACUUAAGCGACUGUCAAGGUUUUCGACGGCGAUCUUAUCUUCGUCAAUCUCCACAUUUAGGUAUCCUCUGAAGAGUUACAGCUUCGGAACCAAAGAGCCUAAUUAUGAGCGUGAUCGUAGCGUUCCUGCAAGGUUCCAGCGUCUACAGGAAGACUUUGAGAAGUAUGGUAUGCGACAUUCAGUGGAAGGUGUUCUCCUUGUGCAUGAACACAACCUGCCGCACGUGUUGUUACUCCAAUUGGGAACUUUUUUUAAACUUCCUGGUGGUGAGCUGCAUCCGGGCGAGGAAGAAAUGGAGGGACUAAAACGACUCUUAUCGGACGUGAGCACUAUCUUGUUGCGUUUUCUUUGAUAUUUUUAAUUACUCUAUGCUCUUCUGUUUAUAGUAGUUCGCCCUCUUCAGAGUAAAUCGGCACGCGUUGGUGCAAUGGCCGUUACGACUUGUUUAUUAAUUACAGAGUGCCGUACUCUUUAGGGUUAAGUAAGCCUUAACAGACUUAUGUCCGCUUAUAUCGCUUUCAGUGUCACCGUAAUGUCUGACCGACGACGCCCCAAAUAUUAUUAAAUGCUCCGCGAUUCCGACAUGCUUCUACAACAGGCGAUAGUGGAUCGUAUAUGGCAAGCUAUUCUAAAUUGACCACAGAUUUUUUACCGUCGUGAUAACUUUAGAGAGAACUUCCUCUGUUAAUAGCUCUUUAAAAAUCGACUAGUGUUCCCAAUUCUAUAAGGGUCACUGUAGUAACUGAGAAAAAAAUCGAAGGACUUUUAGUGGUGGACGAAGAUGUUGGUUGAUGGUUGGAAGAUGUUGUAACCUGUUUAAGGUAUUUUCUUUUCCUGCAAAAACACAUUUCAUGGCUCCGAUCAAUCCUUCAAGAUUUUUUAACCUAUGAUGUCAUUCUAAAGAUUGACUGUUGUUGUCAUUGUAAGCGUGCAUCUUCCAGAAGACAUGGAUCAUAUUUGCAUCGAGACAUAGUUUCUCGUACUUAGCCUCCAACUAAAUCAUGGAGACCAGGACACGUCAGUUCUUGCUGGCCACUCGGCAAGGAUCGUCUUUUUGUUUUGGCCAGUCGGAAAGAAUCGGGGAAAUAUACUACGAUCGAAGUCCCUAAUAAACAGCAACCGCUGGGUGAAACCAGCAAAUCCCGAUAAGAAUGUGGCGACAGGACUGAUUAUUGACAGGCAAUCUUUCUUUUCACAAUAUUACUUUGGUUUGUGACCUGUGAACCAUAGUUCUUAAAUAAGGGACCAUCCAUCUCUGACGGUAUAACCACCGCCUGAUACGUAGGGAUUCCGCCACCGUAUACCCCUGAUGCCCCAGUUAGGGUCUUAUCUUUGCGGACGCACCGGGUAGUCGCAGAUAAGUUAGCCACUCGCAGCCCUGUAUACUCCACCACCCCCACCCCCGUGAACGUAACUCAGAUCGGUCAUAUGCCAAACAUGACUUCGCCUGGUAGUCUCGGUGAUGUCUUUGUCUUGUCUCUCGUGCCAUCUAGGUGGAUCGGUUUGAUAGGUAGCUGAAAUUUCCAGCACUUCAACCCUGACUUAAUUCUAUGUCCGCGGUCGGCGACAAUGAAUCCGGUAAAAGCACCCUUUUUGAUACGGCAGUCAUCAUUCCGUAAAAAGAACUGUUCAUUUGUCUGCACCCAAUCGCAUCACCUGCACGAGUUGAUAAGUAGCUUCUUGACUGCUUUUUUUGACAAGUAAACGAUAUCUGUAGUAAUAGUCAUUUAUAAUCAGGCUGGCAACCACAUUAUCAUAUUGGUUUUUCUCUUCAGAUGCUUGGCCGCACAGAUGGUGUGCCUGUGGAGUGGACUCCGGAGGAAUGCAUCGGCAACUGGUGGCGACCGAAUUUUGAGCCCCCGCGUUACCCCUAUAUUCCUGCUCACGUGACGAAACCGAAGGAGCACACUCGACUCUACCUCAUGCAGCUUCCUGAAAAGACACUUUUUGCAGUACCGUCUAAUUAUAAGCUUGUGGCUGCCCCGCUCUUCGAGCUUUUUGACAAUUCUCGCGCCUACGGACCCAUCAUAUCAUCGCUGCCUCAGGUUCUUAGUCGGUGGGUUUCCGCUCUGUCUUUGCGCAUUCAUUAGGCACUUUGUUAUACGUUCUUUGUGAUGGAAGUGGCCCAAUCGUUGUUUUAUUUUUGCGGGGAGCGAUCAUUAGAGUUUAAAAUUGCGAAUAGAGCGUAAGACCACUGACUAAAGUUAAGGUGUACGGCUGUCAGACAGCUUGAAUUCAAGCGUAUUUCUGCCAACAAUAGUGGCCAGUUUGUCCAUAAAUUCCUUUUAGACACGCGUUUGCGCUAUAGCCGUUACUGCUUGUUUACAGUGCCGUAUCUCGCCUACUCAUCACAGUUAAGUAAACCUUAGCUGGCUUUUGUGUGCUUUUAGACAUGUUUUCACUUUGGAAGCAUGUCUCCUGAAUCAAGUUCGAUAUUGCCAGCGUGGUGUAAAGUGACUGUUGUAAAGUGAAAGUACUACCUGCGCCAACUCACUGUCUAUUCAAAAGCAAGGCCGACGUGAAGUGCAAUGAUUUCAGUGCUGGUUUUAUGUCAAAUUGAUUUAUUAUAGCAGUACCUCAUUGGGGGUAACCGUAGCGACACGCCCCGUCGCUUCGUCUUCCCAUCAAGCCUCCAGUAAUAAAACACACAGGUAUCUUCUACACUCAGACUGUUUCCUGUGGUAUUCCACUUACUGCUCACGUCUCAAAGAUGCGUGCACUUAUUUAAACCGGUGGCCUCCCGUCAUUAUUUGGACUGUCGUUUUUUUAACAGCGCACGGGCCCAUCUUGCGUGUCUUCUAAUCGCUUUAAUUUUCCCCAUUGCAGAUUUAACUUUGUCUACAGUGAUUGA